AUGACGACCAAGACCCAAGAGCCCAUCAUAACCUCCGUCGAAGACCUGCCCAUCACCGACGCCAAAUGGAUCACCCUCAAGAAGAUCUCCUACACCGACCAGACGGGCAAGCCGCGCACCUGGGAGGUAGCCACGCGCAAGACGCGCUCCGAGAAGGCCGGCGUCGACGCCGUGGCCAUGGGCAAUAUCCUGCUGCCCCCGCCCUCCAAGAAAGCCACGACGCCCGCCUCCACGCUGCUGGUGAUCCAGUACCGCCCGCCGCUGGACGCCUACACGGUGGAGUGGCCGGCGGGCCUGGUCGACGGCGGCGAGGACGCCGAGACGGCCGCGGUGCGGGAGUUCCGCGAGGAGACGGGCUACGAGGUGUCCAAGGUGCUGAGCGUGAGCCCCCCGCAGGCGGCGGACCCGGGCAUGACCAACGCAAACAUGCAGCUCGUCAUGGUCGAGGUGCAGCUGCCCGAGGGGGAGGAGAUGCCCGAGCAGCGGCUCGAGGACGGCGAGCACAUCACGCGCGUCGUGGUCCCGCUCGCGGACCUGUACAAGCGCCUUGUUGGGUACGCGGGAAGGGAGAGGCACGUCGUUGCUGCGAAGCUGUUGCACUUUGCGCAGGGCAUGGAGUUUAUGAAGGAGCAGAAGUACUUCUAG